GUCGAUUACGCGAGAUAAUUGAAGAGAUUGUUUCAGUUACAUUUUGAUCAUGAUGCGAAUGGGAGUGCUGCUGUUAGCAUUCAUGCUGAUCGUUGGCCAACUGGCGUUGCCAGCAGAAAGUUGGCAGGCGCAUUUUAAGCCCGCCUCGCUGCAUCUGCAAAUGGAGACAAGCGCUGAAGUCGAACUGCAUCUUUGGGAUAUACCCAGCGAACUUGGGUCGAGCGCAAAUCGCUACAGCUUUCGCCUGAUCAGCGAUGAUCCGCAUUUGGCCAGCGUUGCACCAGAGAAUGCCACAAUUCCGUUGCACGCAACGCUGAACAGUUGGACGGGCCGCAUUCGAAUCGAUGGACAUUUUCUGGGCGAGGCACGCAUCUCGGUGCGCCUGUGGGAUGCGUGGACGAACCGGAGCAGUCAGAGCGCCAACAACAGCGACAGCAGCCAGCUGGUGGCACAGGUGCUCCGCCCGGAACGGAUCAUCGAUCAUGUGUUCGUUGGCUCGAUCAUAUUGCUGAUGUCGCUGGUGUACAUCAAUUUUGGGGCUGCCCUCAAUGUGGAGGUGCUGCAGGGUUUGAUAACGCGUCCGGUUGGUCCCUGCAUCGGGUUCAUCACCCAGGUGCUGGGCAUGCCGCUGCUCAGCUAUGCGUUGGGCAUCUUUGUAUUCCCGGAAUCGCCAGCGAUGCAGUUGGGCCUGUUCUUUACGGGCAUUGCGCCAAGUGGUGGCGCCUCCAACACCUGGUCGGCGGUGUUGAAUGCCAACAUCAAUCUGUCGGUGCUGAUGACAACCGUUAGCAAUGUGGCCGCCUUUGGCACGAUGCCACUGUGGAUAUUCACGCUGGGUCAGCUGAUCUUCGAGAGGGCGGGCAUGCAGGUGCCAUAUGGCAAAAUUGCCACAUAUUGUGGCAGUCUGAUUGUGCCACUAUUCAUCGGUCUGGCCAUACAACGCUGUCUGCCACGCGUGGCACACUGGCUCGUUCGCCUGCUCAAGCCCAUCUCGGCCUGCCUCAUCCUCUUCAUUGUCAUCUUUGCGAUCGUCACCAACUUCUAUCUGUUCCAGCUCUUCUCGUGGCAGAUUGCCGUGGCUGGCUUAUGUUUACCGUUAUUGGGCUAUACUAUCGCUUGGCUGGCGGCGAAGCUGCUGAACCAGAAUGCAGCCGAUGCGCUAACAAUUGCCAUCGAGACGGGCAUCCAGAAUACGGGAAUUGCGAUCUUCUUUCUGCGCACCACCUUGCCACAGCCGCAGGCGGAUCUGACGACAGUGGUGCCGGUAUCCGUGGCAAUUAUGACGCCGCUGCCACUGAUGGGCAUCUAUCUAUAUCAACGCUUGCGUCGCGUCAAAUUGGGCGUCGAGGAAUUACCCGGCUCGGAGCGCCAGCGAAUUGUUUGAAAGUCUAGCAAAAUGGGAUGGGUAAGCCUCUGCUGAGAGGCUAUAAGCAAUUGCGUAGUUUGUGUUAUUGUUAUAAACAUGUAAAUCGCCUAUAUAUAUAUACAUAUAUCUAUUUCGAAUUGGCAACAAUUUCAAGUGUAAAUCUCAGUCGCAAGGUUUCUGUAAAACAGCAGCUUUGACAAUGUAUUCGAUAGCAAAUCAUUAAUCGAUUAUUAAAGCAUUUAAUUUCA